AUGAAUAAAGUGGCCUUUGUUACAGUAGCUUCAUUUUUAACUUAAAGAAAAAUAUAAUUGUAAAGUGCAGGAGAUUCUUAACAUAUCUAUUAUAAAUUGAAGAGUAGAGAGGAACAUUUAGCUGACGCACUAUAGAAUGAAUACGACGUCAUUAUAGUAGGAGGGGGAGCUACUGGGGCAGGUGUAUCUCUUGCUUGUGCUAAUAGAGGAUUGAAAUCAAUUGUUUUAGAGUCAAAAGAUUAUGCCAGUGGUGCAUCAAGUAAAUCGACAAAAUUAGUACAUGGAGGUGUAAGGUAUAUGCAACAAGUAUUUCAAUUAUCAGAAAAAAACAGAAUGGAAAAAUGGGAAUUGGUGGCAGAAUCAUUAAGAGAGAGAUCUAAUUUUUUAUCAAUGUGUUCUUAUUUAACAUAGGAUUUCCCAACUUUAAUACCAUGUACUAAUUUAUUUGAUUUGGGAUAUUAUUAUUUUGGAUCCUUGAUAUAUCAUUGUGUUUACUUAUAUUAUUAAACAGGUGGACACACUUUUAAACCUCCAAGAAUAGUUGGCAAAGAAGAAAUUUAAUAACAUUUUAAAUAUGCUAAAUGUAAUUAUGGUGUAAUAUAUUAUGAUGGAUAAUUCAAUGAUGCCAGAAUGGUUUAAGAAUUACUUGUUACAUCUAGUCUAAAAGGUAUAUUUAUAAGUUAUUUGAUAAGGAUAAAAUAUGGCUAAUUAUGUUGAAGUUAAAGGAUUAUUAAAAAACGAAUAAAAUAAGAUUGUAGGAGUUUAAGCAUUCGAUAAGAUUGGAUAAAAACAAUUUCAAAUUAAAGGUAAAUGUGUUGUAAAUGCAACUGGUGGUUGGGCAGACAAUUUACGUUUGAUGGAUGAUCCAACUGUUUCUAAAAGAAUAGUCUCUGUAGCAGGUAGUCAUUUAACUAUGCCUUAAAAAUAUGGAUCUCGUCAUUGGGGAUAUUUGAUACCAAAAACUAAUGAUGGUAGAGUUCUAUAUAUGGUACCUUGGUAAGGAAAUAUGAUAAUGGGUACCACUGAAAGAAAAUUAGAGAAUCCCACUCAUGAUCCUACUGUAAGUCAUGAAGAAUAUAUGUGGCUAUUGAAAUCAUUUUGUGAUGAAUUUACUGUUGAUGCAAGUGAAGCUGCUAGAGAUGUAAAAUCUAAAUGGUGUGGAGUGAGACCUUUAGUAUAUUCAAGUAAUGCUCUAAGUACAAAAGAGGUCUCAAGAACUCAUGAAAUAGAAGUAUCAAAGAGUGGUUUAAUAUCAGUCAUGGGUGGUAAAUGGACUAUCUUUAGAUUGAUGGGUGAAUAAACAGUUGAUAAGGUUUAGGAAUUAAUUGGAAAUAAGUAAAAAAGGAUAGAGAAUCUACCUAAAUUGGUUGGGGAUUGGACAUAAUUUGAUCAUAGAAAGGAAAUUUAAAUUAUGAUGAAAAUGUUUGACUUACCUUAAUCUUAUGCAGCAUAUUUCUUAACUACUUAUGGAGAUAGAGCAUAUGAUGUAUUAAAACUAAUUUAUGAAAACCCAGAAAAUAAGGAAAGUUUACAUCCAUAAUUCCCACAUACUGUUGGAGAAGUUUUAUAUCAGAUUAGAUAUGAAUAAGCUAGAAAACCAGAAGAUAUUUUGUUUAGGAGAACAAGAUUAGGCUUUUUAGAUUAGAAUGCCAUAUUUACAGUUUAUGAAAAGGUGUUUUAAAUUAUGGCUAAAGAAUUAAAAUGGUCUGAUAAAUUUUAAUAGUAAUUUUUAAAAGAGAAUUUUGAGUAUAUCAGAAAAUUAGAGUUUUGA